UUAUUUUUUAAUAAUAUACAAGUACAUUGAUACACUAGUGUAGAAUCGUUGUUGGACAUGAACGGACAGUAAAAAUGUUAAUUCUGUUCUUUGUAAUUACUUAUGUGACGUUGGUGUUUGGAAAGAAUGACGAGUACAAAAAUUAUAAAGUGUACAGAGUAACUUUUCAUGAGCAACAGCAGCAGGAUAAUUUCACAUUGUUAAAAGACGAUCUAAUUGACUACUGGAGACUGCCCUCUUUGGAGUAUGGAAUCACUGGUCUCGCGAUGGUCCCACCAGCACGUAUUGAUUGGUUCGAGAACAAACUCCAACAAUUGAAUAUCAACGUAGAUGUGCAUAUAGAAGAUUUGUACGGAUACUUAUUUGAAAAGGAGAAAGCAUUGUCGAAAAGAUUAAGAUCGGAUAGCGAAAGCACGUUUAAUUUCGAAGGAUAUUAUCGCUAUGAUGAGAUACUGAAAUAUUUAUAUACAUUAAAAGAAUCGUACGCUGAUUCAACUGAAGUUUCUUUAGAAAUCAUAGAGUAUGGUUCAACAGAACAAAAUAGACCUUUAGUAUAUUUGAAAAUAAAGUCAAGAAAUGAUAAUUCUGAAGAUACAAAACCGCUAGUAGUCAUAGAAGCUGCAAUAAAUCCAAGAGAAUGGAUAACUGUACCUGCCGCUAUAAACAUUGCAAGCAAACUAUUAGAGAGUGAUCAACGAAGAUUUUUGAAUGAUUUUGAAUGGAUAAUAAUACCGGUUGUCAAUCCCGAUGGAUACGAAUAUACGCAUACAAAUCUAAGGUUCUGGAUGAAAAAUAGAACUACGAGGAAUCUUGGUGCUCUUGACUUUAUGUGCCCUGGUGUGAAUAUAAACAGAAAUUUUGAUAUUGAAUGGCGAACAUCUGGAACCAGUACAAGUGCAUGCAGCCAUCUCUAUGGAGGACUGGAAUCUUUUUCAGAACCAGAAAGCCAAAUGUUGCAGUCUAUAAUAGACGAAUAUGGCUCAAGAAUUCGUCUUUACGUAUCACUUCAGAAUAACGGAGGAUUUCUUUCUUAUCCUUGGUAUUAUGAAAGAGCUGCUACUGGUUUAUUCAGAUCUCAUCACUUAUUGGGUCUUGAAAUUGUUAAUUCAAUGAAUGGUGAUUAUAAAUUAGGUGUGGCUUCCAUAAAUCUCGAUCCAGCUUCUGGUACGAGUAGCGAUUAUGCUAGAAGCAAAGCAAUCAACUAUGCAUACAACAUAGAUAUAAUACAAGACAAAGAAAACGGUGUUGAAAUACCAGCAGAAGAUAUUGUAUAUAUCGUCGAUGAUGUAUGGACAGCUGUUUCAGUUGCUGCUGACAAUGUGUUAGAAAAAUAAAAGAAUUUUCUCCAAGAA